GCUAGUUCAAAGAGUUGCCAUUUGGGGCAAGUGCCGAAGAGAAGGGAGAAGCCUGCAGAGAUGGGAGGAGCAGUGAAGGAAGAAAGACGGAAUCGUAAAAGGAAGAGAGAGAAGCAACGCCGGAAACCUGCCGCCGAUUCAUCUUUGCUCCCUACCGGCGAUAAGAACAAACCCGUCGAUUCAACUUUGAUUUCCGUCUCCCGGAGCAAAACAAUCUCUAAACCUAACAACGCUUCGUCUUUUAUCGAUAAGAUGAGGGCGAGAUUGUCAGGGGGACAUUUCCGUAUGAUUAACGAGAAGCUCUAUACUUGCUCUGGAGAUGCGGCACUGGACUACUUCAAAGAAGACCCACAGUUGUUUAGUGUGUAUCAUGCAGGGUACCAAGAACAGAUGUCGCAUUGGCCUGAACAGCCAGUUAAUAUAAUUAUAAAAUGGAUCAAAGAUCAUGAUCCUUCAUUAGUUGUGGCUGACUUUGGCUGUGGAGAUGCACGACUCUCAAGAAAUGUGAAGAACAAAGUUUUCUCUAUUGACCUCGUAUCACACGAUCCUUCCGUUAUAGCAUGUGACAUGGCAAAUACACCUCUUGAUUCCUCCUCCGUGGAUGUAGCCGUCUUUUGCCUUUCGCUGAUGGGAAUCAACUAUCCAAGCUAUCUUCAAGAAGCUCAUCGGGUUCUUAAGCCCAGUGGAUGGCUCUUAAUAGCUGAGGUCAAAAGCAGGCUUGAUCCGAAUACUGGGGGAGCAGACCCUGGGAAGUUCAUAAAAGCUGUUUGUGACCUCGGACAUUCCUGUGUCAAGAAGGAUUCCUCCAACAAGAUGUUUGCACUCUUCUACUUCAAGAAGAAAAAGGAUACGCAAAAUGUGGAGGGAAGGAAAAUUGAUUGGCCUGAACUGAAACCUUGUUUGUACAAGCGUCGCUGAUUGUUUGUGGCCAUCUCGGUGCAAAACGAGUUCUUUCUUAGAACCUUUCCGUGAAAGGGUUGCUAAUUCCCAAACCACAGAGAGGUUUCUUGGCAUUGAUGUGUUUUCUUGGAGUUUCUUGCCACUUCCUUUUUUCUUCUUUCUAUCAUGCCACUAAACAUUUUAUUUAGUGUCAAAAAUGCCAUUGAAGAUGUUUUCAGCAGUUAUUACUCGGUAAAUACUUAGAAGUUAGAGUAAUGCUAGAGUUACAAACAAACAGUUCACAAAAUUCACAAACUUAUUUUUCUAACACUCUUCUAGAAAUAAGAUGCACUCAAAUAAUAAAAGAUAUUUUAAUUUAAAAUUUACAAAAGAAAUGUUUGUAAUGUUU